CACAAUUGUUAGCUCAGCUAGCCUCUCCCUCUCUCUAUUGAGUUGCUAUUUUUAGCAAAUCCUACUCGUGUCGCCACGGGCUGUGAUCACAUCUUUCUCUCCCUCUUUCUGCCUCCCUCCCAUCCUCACCCAUCCUUUCCCACUCUAACUGCAGAUUUCCAAACAUCACUGACUCCUCACUGUAGCUCCGCACCGCUCCUGUAACCUGGAUCAGCAGAUGCGACGCCUAAAACAACUUUCUUUUUGCUCUUCUCCUUGCGUUUCCCCAUUCCUCUCUCUGAAGAUGGAGCAUGUGAGGAAGCUUGGCAGCACACUGACAGACUGGUGAGCAUCCAGAAAGAUCUUGCCUUUGAAUUACUGGUCAUUGGAAAGACUUUCAUAUCAGAACAAGAUCUGCGAUUGAUCUCUAUCAAAGCUGGUCAGCAUGUCUUCUCCGACCAUGAGUUCAACCAUACAAGCAGGGAAAGUCCUGGUGCACACAUUCCUGGAAGAAGAUAUAAAUGGGGUAUCUGGACGUGACAGGCUCCUGGCACAGCACAGAAUGCACAGUAUGGUCAGCUCAGAUGUGAAGUCUGAGGUUCCCAUGGGUUUGGACCCCAUCACACCACUAGACUUAAGGACAGAUCUAAGGACCGUUAUGCCUAUUCUAGAUCCUGUCCUGCGAGAGAAGCAGCUGCAGCAGGAGCUCCUAUUAAUCCAGCAGCAACAGCAAAUCCAAAAACAGCUGCUCAUUGCUGAAUUUCAGAAACAGCAUGAAAACCUCACAAGACAGCACCAAGCCCAGCUCCAGGAACAUCUCAAGUUGCAGCAAGAACUACUGGCCAUGAAACAGCAGCAAGAGAUCUUAGAGAGAGAGAAGGAGCACAAACUGGAGCAGCAAAGGCAGGAGCAGGAAGCCGAGAAGCAUCGGCGCGAGCAACAGCUCUCGCACCUUCGCAGCAAGGAGAGAGUCAAAGAAAGAGCUGUGGCCAGCACGGAGGUAAAGCUGAAACUGCAGGAAUUCCUCCUGAGCAAAUCUGCAACAAAAGAAACUUCUACAAAUGGAUCCAAUCAUUCCAUAGGCCGCCAUCCCAAGCUUUGGUACACGGCUGCACAUCACACGUCACUGGAUCAAAGUUCUCCUCCACUAAGUGGGACCUCACCAUCAUAUAAAUACACUUUGCCAGGAGCUCAGGAUGCCCGAGACGACUUUCCUUUAAGAAAAACAGCUUCAGAACCUAACCUGAAGGUUCGGUCUCGUUUAAAACAAAAGGUAACUGAGAGGAGAAGCAGCCCUUUACUCAGAAGAAAAGAUGGAAAUGUUAUAAGUUCCUACAAGAAGAGAAUAUUUGAGGUGGCAGAGUCUUCAGUCAGUAGCAGCUCCCCAGUAUCAGGACCCAGCUCCCCGAGUAAUGGCCCAGUUAGCAUGGGAGUGGACAGUGAAAGUUCUGUCUUGCCGUCCAGCUCUCUUCCCGAGCAUUUGUCUUCACAUCAACUUCUUGUACAUCAUGAAAAGUCAAUAAACCUGCUAAGUCUAUACACAUCUCCUUCAUUACCCAACAUUACGCUAGGACUUCCCGCUGCAGCCCCUCCGCUCCAUGCCUCAUCUUCAUUAAAAGAAAAACAAAAGUAUGAGCCUCAGGCACCCAGGCAGGGGGUGUCACUGCCCGGGCAGUACGGAGGGACCCUGCCUGUAUCAUCUCACACAUCCCUGGAGGGCAAGACUAACAGCAGCCACCAAGCCUUACUGCAACACUUACUGCUGAAGGAACAGAUGCGCCAACAGAAGAUCUUAGCUACAGGUGGCACUCCUCUACUUCAGUCCCCUCUAGCGCCUAAAGAUAGAGUUUCACCAGCCGGGAGGGUGGCUCACAAGCUGCCCCGCCACCGACCCCUGCACAGAACGCAGUCUGCGCCCCUUCCCCAGAACACCCUGGCUCAGCUCGUCAUCCAGCAGCAGCACCAGCAGUUCCUGGAGAAGCAGAAACAAUAUCAGCAGCAAAUCCAGAUGAACAAAAUGCUUUCCAAAUCAAUUGAACAACUCCGUCAGCCUGGAAGUCAUUUGGAGGAAGCCGAAGAAGAAUUUCACGGAGAUUACCUGAUGAAAGACCAGAAGGUUUCCUCCACUGGGAUCAUAAGAAGUCCCAGCACUACUGAUGUCAGAACUGACCACCUAGGGUCUGUGAAGGUGAAAGAAGAACCGCCAGAUAGUGAGGAUGAAUCUCAGACACAUCCUGAAUCUAAUCAGAAAGCAGCUUUUAUGCAACAGCUCCCGGACCAUCAGCGUAUCAACCAAUUUCAUAUCUACCAGGCUCAGAUGGACACAGUUGGCAUGGGAGGAUUAGAGAAACACCGGCCUGUUUCCAGAGCACAGUCUUUCCCUGCUGCGUCGUCGUUACCUCAGCCAACUUCAAGCCAGCCUGUCAAGCAUGUCUAUGAGACUGGUAGGACUCCCUAAAGACCUAUUUUAAUAGGCAGGAUAAAUUCACUGUUCUUGUAGGAUCAACUGAUUUAAAUGCUUAGAAUACCUCCAGUAGCUGAACGCUCAAUCUACCCUCUGAUACUGCUGGAUGAUUCGAGGUUAGGCCGGCAUCGUGACAGCCGUUGUGGCUGAUAAAUCAGAAGCGGUGUUUUCUUACUUAUAAUAAAUCACUGCUAUCAUUGAAGGACUUUGCCAAAAUAUCAACAGGUGCACUUGUGGGUAUUUAUAGUUUUAUUUUCACUUCUUGAUGGUUUGGACUUCCCACGAUUCAUAUUCGCAAUGCAAAAUGUGACCUGCAAAAUGUUAUUCCAAGCAAAAUAUGUUGAUUGUUGUGGUUUGCCAGGAUAUAGGUCUUUUUCCUAAUAAAGUACUUAUCCAACUA